ACCUACACAGUUAGCAGCAGCUUAGUACUUGCAGUGAGUGCUAGCAGCACUGUAUACUGCUUGAGAAGAGAAGGCUUGUUCUUUUUGGUUUCUUCAGUGAAGGGAUUUGGUGCAGAGGCGUGAAACUGUGUCGAAAACAAAGCUAUUUCACAUCUACAAGUUUAAGAUUCUCUAGGACAAUGAUGUCUGUGUCCGGGAGGAAGGAGUUUGACAUGAAACAGAUUCUGAGGCUGAGAUGGAAAUGGUUUAGCCACCCCUCGCAGAGCUCUUCUGGAAGCAGUGGCUGUCUCCAGCAGGAGGGAUUUGAGCACCGUGGUCUGGGUCAGAGCAGAUUGAAAAGCCACUCUAGGGACAGAAGUGGACUCAGGAAAAACAGCAGCCCUGUAAACAGUUUACUGGCACCUGUGCCAGCUCCAAUUUACAACAGACCUGACAGUCAGCCAUGGUAUCAGCAGAAUACAGUGCCACGCACACCAGAGGAUGAAGGACUCGCUAAAAUUUCUGACCAAGAGGAUACAGUUAAAGAAGAAAAAGAGAACAAAGGAGCAGUGGAAUCAGGCAGUGUUGAUCUUGCAGAAGAGCCUAUAGAGAGGUUGUCAUUGAACAGCUGCUCUCCUAAUAGGAUGAGUUCCGGUAGUUCGGAUGAGUUCUUCCAGUCAAUGAAUCAUGCAGAGCAGACAUUUCGGAAAAUGGAGAACUACCUCCAACACAAGCAACUGUGUGAUGUUCUUCUGAUUGCGGGGGAUCACAAGAUUCCUGCACAUCGGCUUGUUCUUAGUGCUGUUUCAGACUACUUUGCUGCCAUGUUUACAAAUGAUGUUCGUGAGGCCAAGCAAGAAGAAAUUAAAAUGGAGGGUGUUGAUCCUGAUGCACUGAAAGCACUUGUUCAUUAUGCUUACACAGGUCUCUUGGAGCUGAAAGAGGAAACUAUAGAAAGUCUGUUGGCUGCAGCAUGUCUAUUGCAGCUCUCUCAAGUGGUGGAUGUAUGCUGCAACUUCCUCAUGAAACAGCUCCAUCCAUCAAAUUGUUUGGGAAUAAGAUCCUUUGCUGAUGCUCAAGGCUGCAUGAAUCUGCUAAAAGUGGCUCACAGCUAUACCACGGAACAUUUCAUGGAAGUGAUUAAGAACCAAGAGUUUCUUCUGCUCCCUGCCAGCGAGAUUGAGAAGCUCCUUGCUAGUGAUGACAUUAAUGUUCCUGAUGAGGAGACCAUAUUUCAAGCUUUGAUGAUGUGGGUAAAACAUGAUUUACAGAAGAGACAACAGGAUCUUGCAAUGCUCCUGUCUUACAUCAGACUGCCUUUGCUGUCUCCACAGUUUUUGGCUGACUUGGAAAACAAUCCAAUGUUUGCUGAUGACCUGGACUGUCAAAAACUACUUAUGGAAGCUAUGAGGUAUCAUUUGUUGCCAGAGAGACGACCCAUGAUGCAAAGUCCCAGAACGAAACCCCGAAAGUCUACAGUUGGAGCACUUUACGCUGUAGGAGGAAUGGACACCACCAAGGGGGCUACAACAGUAGAAAGAUAUGAUCUCAGGACGAACAAUUGGAUGCAAGUCGGCACAAUGAAUGGAAGACGGCUACAGUUUGGCGUGGCAGUGAUUGAUAGCAAGCUGUAUGUGGUCGGUGGGAGAGAUGGAUUAAAGACAUCCAACACUGUAGAAUGCUACAAUCCAACAGCCAAGGUCUGGUCCAUUAUGCCACCAAUGUCUACACACAGGCAUGGCCUAGGAGUAGCUGUACUUGAAGGCCCAAUGUAUGCAGUUGGUGGACAUGAUGGUUGGAGCUACCUUAACACAGUAGAAAGGUGGGACCCACAAGCUCGUCAGUGGAACUACGUUGCGAGCAUGUCAACUCCAAGAAGCACGGUAGGAGUUGCAGCAUUAAAUGGCAAGCUGUAUGCUGUGGGUGGGCGAGAUGGCAGCUCCUGCCUACGAUCAAUGGAGUGUUUUGAUCCUCACACCAAUAAAUGGAGCAUGUGUGCACCAAUGUCCAAGAGAAGGGGUGGUGUGGGAGUUGCCACAUGCAACGGCUUUCUUUAUGCAGUGGGAGGACACGACGCCCCUGCCUCAAAUCACUGCUCCAGGCUGUCAGACUGUGUGGAACGGUACGACCCAAAAACAGACACCUGGACAACCGUGGCACCUUUAAGUGUUCCAAGAGAUGCUGUAGGAGUGUGCCUUCUUGGUGACAAGUUGUAUGCUGUAGGAGGAUAUGAUGGACAGACUUACUUAAAUACAGUAGAAUCUUAUGAUGCACAAAAUAACGAAUGGACAGAGGAGGUGCCUCUGAAGAUUGGAAGAGCUGGUGCUUGCGUUGUUGUGGUCAAAUUGCCAUGAAGCACCAUAAAGAAUGUCUUUUUUUAAAAAAAAACUGAAGACACAGAGAGUCAAAAAAAUGUUGUAUAUAAAGGAUUAAACAUUCCAAAAACAGCAUCAGCCUCACCACAGACUGGGGUGUGCACUAGGAAGAACCAGCACACAAUGAACUGUACUCUGCUGGAGCUGCAAGACCAACUCCUGAAUUAAACAAAGAUUGCCACAGCCUCAUCAUAGAAAGCAUUGAAUGUUGUUGGAAGUUCAUCUCACAAUUAAAUGGCUCUUAUCAGAGUUACGUCAGGGGAUGAAAUAGUCAUCACUGGAGCCUCAUUGUAGAAUGAGAUGUACACUGAUAGAGCCUAACCAUGGCAUGAGGCAAAUACUACUUUAGAAACUCAGUCUCUUGUAACACUUUAUUACUGAAACCUUUUUCUACAACUGAUUCUUCUUGAGUUGGUUUACUAGUAUUGUACUUGAAAGAAUUUUAAUAGUUUCAUGUAUGCCAAUGUUAAUGUGUAAAAACAUUGUACAUGAAACAUGAUUUCAGUCUUAAGUUUUAUCAACAUUCCUUCAAAAGUGAAAUGCGAACAUUUAAAAUACAAUACAAUUUUAAAAAAUCACUUUAAACUGGAUAAUAAAUAAAGAAAAUGCUAUUCCAAAUUAUAAAUUAGAAACUAACACUCAACAAUUAGAGUUUUUUUAAAAAUUAACUUUUCCGUGAAACCAGAAAAAGAAAUCAAACCAGUUACAAAAACUUAUAUUAAUACACCAUCAAAAGUGGGGCUUUAUAAGCAUCACUCUAAGACGUUAAUGUCACCCUUUCACAGGCCUACCUUUUGGUAAUGGAGAGGUACUUGUAAAUAAUCCAUGAUACUGUGUGAAGAGAAACAGGUCUGUGUACCUUUCCUCAACCAUUUGGUUAUUUUUUUCCUGAUUGUCCUAAGCCAUGUCAACACAAUGGUCAUCAGCAACUUCACAGAUGGCAGAACAUUCCAUAUAUACUGCAAAGACCAUCCUUCAUAAACAUUAUAAUACAUGCAUAGAGCACCAUAAAUAAUAGAGUAACUUGUGUUAAUCCUAAUUUUAAGUCUACUUUAUUUCAGAAAUAUUCACCCGAUAAGGAUCUUUUAAAAUGUUCAGAAAAUACAUUAUUUAGCCUUUUUUUAUUGUCCCAGUGCAAAAAGAAAAGCAGCCUCAAACUUAGAAAAAUAUGACUGUAGUAAAAUGGCAGGGAGUUAAUAUUGCAGACUCAUUUUUGCAGCAGUGUACAUCUAUGAUAUCUGCAUUGACAAUGAACUUCAAAUAAUUUACAUUUGUAAGCAUUUUAAAAAUAACUGAGGUUUAAGAUGUUUUCUGUUAAGCAAUCUGGGGUGCAACGCCAAAAUGUGGGAUUGUAAAGAUUGUUUCUAAUCAUUUUGAAACUUUUUUUAAUCCACAUCAGUGUAAUUGCAAAGAUCUGAUAUAAUUAGGAAAUAAACUUUGAGGAUGAAAACCCAGCCACAUAAGCAUUUUCCAAGUAACAUAGGACUGUCAUUCAAAUAGAUGUGUUAUAUCCACACCUCAAAUCAACUUUCAGGUCAUCAAUCAAUUAUUCCCUGAAUAAAACUUUAAGUUAUCAAAUAAACUUAAAAGAAAUCACAGGAUGAGUAGAGCAUCAGUUUAAACAUUCAUAAAACGUGGCUAUAAUUCUGAACAGCUGCCCAUAUUUUUCUCAUACAGAGAUCCUAAAAAAGUCUCUUUAAGUCAGUUUAAAAGAAUUUAAUAUUCCCAUUUGUGAUCUAAAAUAUAUUUAUACAACAUAAAAUGAUCAAAUGGGCUAAGAAUCAUUUUUAAAUUAUGACAUUAAAUAGUCUUUGAAGUUCACACAUUAGUCUAGCUACUACAAACAAAUUACACCAAAGUUAGUCAUAGGCUAUUUAUGUAGUGCCAGCAAUGCAGAGUUAUAUUUAUGGAUAUAUAUAAGUAUACUGUUUAUCCAAAUGUCUAUGUACAUAUCAUAUUGAUAUUGGCAAAUGUGUUAUUGGUGAAUCCAAUUUACUGAGCCUUUGAAUGUGCCAACAGAAAUAUGGCAGGUGUGUAUAAAAUUGCUGAAUGGACAAACCGAUAAAGAGAUAACUAUAUUGUGUAAUAUUACAAAAAUACAUUCAGAGCAGGAAGAGCAUUUUCCACCCUAAUGAGCCAUGAUCAACACAAGACAAAGUUCUAGUAUGGGGAACUACAUUUCUUACCACUGACAGGGGAAAGUUAAAAUAAUUCAGCUGUUGGGCAGGUGGAGGGAAUAACAUUCAAACAAAUUUUUAAGAUCAGAAACUGGUAAUAGAAAAUCUGGGCUUUGAAUCACAACUUUCACCUCCAAUUCUUGCUGAUUUAAUGAAUAUAGAAUUAACAAUCGAGGAUUAUGAACUGAAGUCACAGCAGACCUGUGCAAUGUUUCUAUUUCUGUCUUGAUUAUUUGUCUCAAUUAUUAAAGAAUAAAUUUCUUGCUUUAAUACUGGAAAAAUGUAAACUCUUCACCCCGAAGUUUUCUAUAGAUUAAAAUUCAUGUUGGUCAGUCAAGAUAUGUUGAGUUGUCCCUGUAGUGGACUGCAGUAUAUUUUGACUAUCCUGCACUGUUUAGUAGUUAGCAAGAUCACCUCCAAGCGUCACUUGGGUCAACUUUCAAAGCAGACAAUACAAACAUGAUAGUUCUUCACGCAGCAAGCUCUGGUCUACUGCACUAAAACUGAAAUAACAUGGGUAGUACUAUUUUAAUGACAGAAAUGCACCAAACUUGCAAUCAAUCCCAUUUGAUUACAAUAUCAUUUUUAGAAGUUUGUACAUGCUAAAAUAGUAGGACAAUGUCUCAACGUACCUGAUAGUGUUAGCACUUGUCAGUCAACCACAUUUAUCUAGAAGGUGCUGAAGUGGUGCUCCAUCCAUCUGCCAAAUCUAACUUGCAGAGGUACUUAAAUGGUUUUGGGAAGUGCUGAAUUCGGGAGCUUUGAAUUCUUCCAGCCGUGACAUUUUAGUAAUGUUUACAGUUCAGCUGCUGAUCUUAACUCUUGUGCUGCAUCUGAAAGAAACCACUUUCAGUUUUAGAGUUAAGACAGCUGACAAAAUGAGUUGUGAAGGAUCCAUAAUUUUGUAAAAAGAAGCAUUUACAGUCUAGCACAUUAGUUUCUACGUAACUUUUAUGCCAAAUUCAUGCAAACAAGACUUUGCAAUUCAUUUGGUUUCAAAAACUUCCAUGAGCCAUCUUUGACAUAACUGUAAUUUUUAAACAAAUAGCAAACUUUUGGAAAGUUAUGUAGGAUGAGAAAACUCCUAUUUUUACAGACUAAUUUUGCAACAUGGGAGGCCAAAACUUGUAAUUAGAUCAGCUACUUACACUGCCUUUCAGUAUCAUCGCGACUCUGUAAAGAUGAGGGAGUAUAUAUUUAUGUAAAACUGCAUCUUUUCAGUACUGUAAUUUAUACCAAACAUUUGGUCACUAAGGUGUUUUUUUUUGUGUAGCAUGCAAAGAAUCAUUUCUUUCUUACUGCACUCUUGGUGCAUUUAUCCUUAAGUCUUCUGUGUAUUCUGAAGUUGUCAGUUUUCAAAUAAACAAAUUCAUUAAAAUUUA